AGUAGCGGAUACCGCUGCUGCUGUUUCCUCGAAGAACACAUUAUCAACAGCAAUGGCUAAUAGAACUGUUAAAGAUGCUAAUAGUAUACAUGGAACAAAUCCGCAAUAUUUGGUGGAAAAGAUUAUCAGGACUAGAAUAUAUGAGUCUAAGUACUGGAAAGAAGAGUGCUUUGGACUUACGGCCGAACUUGUUGUUGACAAAGCCAUGGAGCUUAAGUUUGUCGGUGGUGUUUAUGGUGGAAACAUCAAACCCACUCCCUUCCUCUGUCUCACACUGAAGAUGCUACAGAUUCAGCCUGAGAAAGAUAUCAUUGUAGAGUUCAUCAAGAAUGAGGAUUUCAAAUACGUUCGCCUGCUUGGAGCAAUGUACAUGCGGUUAACUGGAACCUCUGUGGAUUGUUACAAGUACCUGGAGCCUCUUUACAACGACUACAGAAAAAUCAAGAGUCAGAACCGAAAUGGAGAGUUUGAGCUGAUGCAUGUUGAUGAGUUCAUAGAUGAGCUUCUUCAUGCGGAGAGAGUUUGUGACAUCAUUCUGCCCAGGCUUCAGAAAAGGCAGGUUCUUGAGGAGGCUGAGCUGUUAGACACACGUAUCAGUGCUCUGGAGGAAGACCUUGAUGAGGUGGAAAGUAGCGAAGAAGAAGAUGAGGAAGAAGAGAAGCCAGAGAGAGUCCAGACCCCUGAGCCCCACAGACGCAGUUAUCGUGACGACAGACCCCGGCGCUCCCCCUCACCACGCUAUCGACGCAGCCGCUCACCCAGAAGGAGGAGCAGAUCACCGAAGCGCCGCAGCCCAUCCCCUCGGAGAGAUCGUCAUCGCAGCAAGAGCCCCCGCCGACACCGCAGCAGGUCUCGAGAGAGACGCCACCGCUCCAAGUCACCAGGUCAUCACAGAAGCCACAGGCAUCGCAGUCACUCAAAGUCACCAGAGAGGAGUUCAAAAAAAAGCCACAAGAAAAGUCGAAGAGGAAACGAGUAAUUUUUUUUCUUUUUUUUUACCUGCAAAUCAAAGGUUGUACAUCUAAUUUUUUUUAACUUUUUUUUUUUCCUAAAUUAUAUUUUGGAAAGCAAUCUCAAUUUUUGAAGUUAGUCAGUUCUUCAACAUAUUUCAAUUGUAAGCCGCUUAUACCCAAUAGUCUGAGAUGAAUUGCUCACAACUGAGCAUGGAGAAUUCCUCUGUAUCUGUGCUCUGCAUUCAGGUGGCGUUGUUGCUCACUUGGUCUGCGGCCUGGCUCAUAACUGAACCCUAGCUAGACUGUGAGAGUCCCAGUAAACCCAGUAAAAUAUUUUCUUAUUUUCAUACCUUCAAAUUAAGUAGAGCCAUUGGCUAUUUGUCAGUGUUGAAAAUGCAGCCUCUGUAAAAUGGUAAUUCAUUUCUAUAUUUCCUGUAUGUAAAGUGAGUUUAGCACUGCUAAUUUGCAGUGUGUGCCACAUUAAUUAAAUAACUUUUUCUUCUCGUUAAUUUGACUGAUUCAGAUUCUUUUUCAAACGCAAAACUAUGUCAUAAAGGUGUUACCCUACAGAUUAUAGAAAUGAGAUAUCACAUUUGUUUUAGAAUAUAUAAAACGAAUCUCUGUCUCUCUCUCGCUCGCUCUCUCUUUCUCUCUCUCGCUCUCUCUUUCUCUCU